AUGGCCUCGCAGAACAUCAAUUCGCUACUCGGAUCUGUUACGAAAUUGAAUUACCAUGAUUGGAAGUUUGUUCUCGGCAUGAUCUUUUGGCAUGCAGGCACAUGGAAGGUUGUUUCCGGGGCAAUAGAGAAACCAAAGGCUUCACAACAGAAGGAAUUGGAAGGAAGGGAAACAGCAGCAGAGGAUAGAUUGUGCAGAUGGGUCGUCAGCUUGAGAAGGCACAAGGACAAGCACACAAACCAGAUCUGGAGAAGGAAAUAUUUUAGGACUCGAGAUCCGGACAAAGAGGCCAGAAUUCGAGGGAAGUCUAAAGGACUUAUUUUAGGGCUCGAGACUCGGACAAAGAGGCCGAAAUUCGAGGAAGUUUAG